AUGACUCUGCGCAUAGCGGCUGCUCGGGCGUGCAACGUGGCCGCCGGACCUAUGGCCAUGAACGCGGACCGCGUGAGCGUCAUGCAGCCCCUGCCGGCCUUCUACUACGCGGACGCCGUCCACAUGGCCGGCAGACGACAGAUGUACAGCACCGACGUCUUCGGCUACAUCUACGCCUUCGACGAACAGGUCUGGAUGGCCCUUGGCAUCGCGCUACUGGCCACCGCAGUCAUCAUGGUCAUGUUCCAAAACAACUUCAGGCGCGUCGGUGCGAUUGGGAAGUUCGUCGAUUACGUCUUCCUACUCUUCGCGAUGCUCCUGACUAAGGGUCCGUCGCGAUGUCCGGACAACACGAGGAUGCUCAUCGCGGUCUGGUGGCUCGGCGUCAUCUUCACGACUACCACAUUCACGAGUCAUAUGCAGGCCAGCAUGACCAUCAAGACGGAAGCGCCGCGCAUCGAAAGCGUAAAGGACAUCGUGAACAGGCCCGACAUCUUGCCCAUCAUCAUCGACGGCAUGGCCUUCGACGUCAUAUUCAGCACCUCAACCUUCCCCGAAGACAACGAGGUGUGGAGGCGCAUCCAGAAGGAGCAGAGCCAGUGGUCCUUCAAGCGCGUCUUCUCGCGAGACACCUACGAAGGCGUUUUGGACGGCAAGAAGGUCGUCUUCAUGGAGCAGUCCCUGUACCACUACAGCGUCCAGCUGCUCUACCCCGAUGAACCGCCCAGGGGACAGUUCUACUUAGGCAAGAAGAAAGCCGUCACGCUCCCUGCCUCCAUGUACGUCAGCUACGACGCGCCCCAACGUGUCAAGAAAGCUUUGCACCGAAUGUCUCGCUGGAUCUGCGAGUCCGGCGUGAUUGACAUGCACCUCAACAACGUGCUGCUCAAGACCUGGAAGAUGCAAGACGUUCAUCAUCUCCAGGCCAACGCCCUGAGCGUGGACGACGUGUUCGGGGUGUUCGCGCUCUGGGCCAUCGGCAUGGCUCUGGCUGCGACGGCUCUCCUGGUCGAAUGCGCGCAUGUGGCCGUCCGCAAGCUUGGAAAGCCCAAGAGAACGACCCGUAUUGCGCUCUCGUACUUGCGCUGA